CGCUAUUUAAUGCCAAACUUCACCUGGUAGAAGAAGAAGAAGAAGAAGGACACUCUUCAGUUUUUGCUAAGUAGUCAAAAAAAAAAAAAAAAACUACCGGUCACCAACGCCGGCGAUGCUAGCUUACCUGGAACACUUCGUUCACGAAAACGACGCCGAAUCGAGGCAAGACGACGACGUAGCGACCCUCUCCAAAGCGCUUGAGCUUCAAGCCAGCGUCGAGGAAUUCGGUCCCACCGGAGUCGCCGGCAAGGAUUUCGGCGGAAUCAAGUCCGUCAAACCCUUGGCCCUGAUCAGGCCCUCUGCCGCCGCCGACGUCGCCAGAGUGGUGAAGCACGCGGCGGCGUCUUCUAGCCUCACGGUGGCGGCGCGCGGGAACGGCCACUCCAUCAACGGCCAGGCCAUGGCGGAGCAGGGCCUGGUCCUCGACAUGCGCGCCAUCCAGGACCCGUUUGAGAUUCUCUGGAUAGAAGGUUCUCCCUACGUCGACGUUUCGGGAGGGGCAUUAUGGGAAGACGUCCUUAAACGCUGCGUUUCGGAGUUUGGCCUCGCCCCGAGGUCGUGGACGGAUUAUCUCAGCUUAACGGUGGGCGGAACGCUCUCCUACGCCGGCGUCAGCGGUCAAACAUUCCGUUACGGUCCUCAGACAUCGAACGUAACGGAAUUGGAAGUUGUAACUGGGAAAGGAGACACACUGUGCUGCUCCCAAACAGAAAACUCUGAACUUUUUUUUGGCGCGCUUGGUGGCUUAGGACAGUUCGGUAUCAUUACCAGAGCCAGGGUCGUUCUUCAAGAAGCUCCAGAUAUGGUGAGGUGGAUAAGAGUGGUAUACUCUGAGUUUGAGGAGUAUGCUAGGGAUGCAGAGUCGCUGGUGGAGGAAUAUUGUUUUGAUUACGUGGAAGGGUUCGUUCUGGUGAACAGUGAUAACCGGGCCAAUGGAUGGCCCACAGUUCCAUUGGGCCCGGAACAAGUGUUCGACCCGACUCAUAUCCCUUUCACUGCUGGUCCUGUCUUGUAUUGCUUGGAGCUCGCUCUUCACUAUCGUAACGCGGAUCAUCCUUCUCGUGUCGAUACGGAUGUGGAUGGAUUGCUUGGACGGCUACGAUUCAUUCAGGGUCUGAAGUUCCAGGUGGACGUGACAUACAUGGAGUUCUUGCUGCGUGUAAAGCGUGUGGAGGAGCACGCGAAAGGCAACGGAACCUGGGAUGCACCUCACCCUUGGCUCAAUCUGUUCGUGUCCAAGUCCCACAUCGUUGAUUUUGAUCGUGAGGUGUUCAAGAAGAUUCUCAAGGACGGAGUCGAUGGACCCAUUUUAGUCUACCCUCUCUUGCGAAACAAGUGGGAUAGUCGUCAUUCAGUGGUGGUGCCGGACAGUGACAUGUUCUACAUAGUAGCCUUGCUCCGAUUCACUCCACCACCCCCAAAGGGCCCAGCAGCUGAACUCUUGGUGGCGCAAAAUAAUGAGAUUAUUGAGUUCUGCACAAGCAGAAGCCUUGAUUUCAAGCUAUACUUUCCUCACUACCAGUCACGGGAGGAUUGGAUCAAGCACUUUGGGAAUCAAUGGGCCAGAUUUGCGGAGCGAAAGGCCAAUUUUGAUCCCAUGGCUAUCCUUGCACCAGGACAGAAAAUUUUCUCCAGAACCUCUCAACCUCAACCUCCUUCUAUCACAUAACCACAUCAUAUAUAUAACAAUAUACUUGUACUAUCCAUUGUGAUAUUUUUCUUCUCUGCUUUAAUUUGUUGUUUACUAUACUGGUUGCAGCUAUAUUGUAAGGAAAAUAUCCAGCCAGGUCAAAUUAAUAUGCAAGGGGUUUGGUCUUUC